AUGAGCUCCAUUUGUUUUCUCUCUUUGCUUUCGCAGAGCCUGGAUGGGGACCAAGCUGUGCUCCAGAGGAUCAGGAAAUAUGUGAAAGCCAUUCAUGCCUCUGGGCUCACCCAUGUGGAGAACGAGGAGCAGUACAGUGAGGCCCUGGAGAACUUUGGCAACAACCACCUCUCCCAGAACAACCAUGAGCUCUCCACUGGCUUCCUCAACCUGGCUGUCUUCACCCGCGAGGUCACCGCGCUCUUCAAGAACCUGGUGCAGAACCUGAAUAACAUCGUGUCCUUCCCCCUGGACAGCCUGCUGAAGGGGCAGCUGAAGGAUGGGCGCCUGGACUCCAAGAAGCAGAUUGAAAAGGCCUGGAAGGAUUAUGAGACCAAAGUGGGGAAGAUGGAGAAGGAGAAGGAGCGAGCGCGCUUGGCUGGGGUCAUCCAGGCUGAGAUGACAGCAGCAGAGGUGGCUGAGGACAUGCAGAAGGAGCGAAGGCUCUUCCAACUCCACAUGUGUGAGUAUCUGCUGAAAGCCAGUGAGUCGCAGAUGAAACAGGGACCAGAUUUCCUGCAGAGCCUCAUCAAGUUUUUCCACGCUCAGCACAAUUUCUUCCAAGACGGCUGGAAGGCUGCCCAGAACCUCUACCCCUUCAUUGAGAAGCUCGCUGUGUCGCUCCACGCGCUCCACCAAGCGCAGGAGGAGGAGGUGAAGCAGCUCACACAGACCCGUGAUUCCCUCCGCAGCAUCCUGCAGCUGGAGAACAAGGAGGAAAAUCUGAGCAGGAAGAACUCUGGCAGUGGCUACAGCAUCCACCAGCACCAAGGGAACAAGCAGUAUGGGACAGAGAAAUCAGGAUUCCUGUACAAGAAGAGCGAUGGCAUCCGCAAAGUGUGGCAGAAGAGGAAAUGUGGUGUGAAGUAUGGCUGUCUGACCAUCUCCCACAGCACGAUAAACCGUCCCCCUGUCAAGCUGAACCUCCUCACCUGCCAGGUGCGACCCCACGCCGAGGAGAAGAAAUGCUUUGACCUGGUGACACACAACAGGACAUACCACUUCCAAGCGGAGGAUGAGCAGGAGUGUGUUGUGUGGGUGUCAGUGCUGCAGAACAGCAAGGAUGAAGCCCUGAGCAAUGCCUUCAAGGGGGACCCUGGUAGCAGCGGGGCAGCAGCAGGCAUUGGGGUGGAUGGCAGCGUGCAGGAGCUCACCAGGCUGGUCAUCAGCGAGGUGAAGAACAUGCCAGGAAACAAGCAGUGCUGUGACUGUGGGGCCCCAGACCCCACGUGGCUCUCCACCAACCUGGGCAUCCUGACGUGCAUCGAGUGCUCCGGUAUCCAUCGGGAGCUGGGCGUGCAUUAUUCCCGCAUCCAGUCCCUCACCCUGGAUGUCCUCAGCACUUCUGAGCUGCUGCUGGCUGUGAGCGUUGGGAACACUCGCUUCAAUGAGAUCAUGGAGGCCACGCUGCCCGUGCAGGACUGCCCCAAACCCUCAGCUGGCAGUGACAUGGCUGCCCGCAAGGAAUACAUCGUGGCCAAGUACAUGGAGCGACGCUACGUGCAGAAGAGCAGUCGGGACGAUCCCCACCGCCUCUGGGAGGCCAUCCGUGCCCGGGACCUCCUGGCCCUGCUCCAGGCUUUUGCUGAGGGGCACGACCUGGCUAAGCCCCUAGCCAGCCCUGAGGGCCAGGAUCCAGGUGAGCUGGCGCUGCACAUGGCUGUACGCCACGCCGACAGAUCAUCCCUUCCCUUGGUGGACUUCAUCAUCCAGAAUGGGGGGACACUGGACCGGGUGACGCAGGACGGGAACACAGCCUUGCACUACAGUGUGCUCUACAACCAGCCCAACUGCCUCAAACUGCUUCUGAAGGGCAAAGCCUCCUUCACCACAGUGAAUGCAGCGGGUGAGACAGCUCUGGACAUGGCGAGGAGGCUGAAGCACAGCGAGUGUGAAGAGCUGCUGGAGCAGGCACAGGCCGGGAAGGUCUCCCUGCAGAUCCAUGUCGACUACGACUGGGAGCCCCCCCAAGACUUCACCUACGACAGUGAGGAUGAGGUGGAGGAGAAG